AGAACCUUCUCCACAGCCGCGGUAUCGGCAGAUGCCGCCAGGUUGUCGGCACUUUGGCAGGAAGUUGGAAUCCCGCAGGGCUUGUCUCUCACGCAACAAGAAUCGAAUCAGGGAGUGUUUUGCCAAGACUGUCGCCUAUAGAGUGUUGUAGGUUCAUCUUGUUGUAUCCUUGUAUUCUGCGAUCGAUCAUGGUGCUCCAUAGCUUCUCAUCCGCCGCGCUGCAGCGGCUGCAUCCCUCCACCGCGGCCUUCUCCACAUUGUCUUCGUCAUCGCGGUGUGUGAGCUUGGAAACGGUGAAGCUCGCUUGUAGGUUCAGACCUCCCAGCUUCGGAAACGAUACGUGUGUUAGCUGCGAAGCUUUUCGUGGGGUUGCUGAGAGAGAACAGGUGAGGGAUGCGAGGAGAGGGUUCGCGAGCGCGUGCUUGGGAGGACGAGUGGAUUAUUCCACAUCAGAUGGAGGAGUGGAGCAACAAGAAGUUGCGUUGAAGGGGAUUGUGCUGAUGGCCAGGGAGGAACAUUACAAGGAGGCCGUGAGGGCUCUUGGAAACGAGCAGGUUAUUGCGGUGCCGACCGAUACGCUGUAUGGCUUGGCGUGCGAUGCAAGCUCGGCCGAGGCCAUUCGGCGAGUGUAUGAAAUUAAGGAGCGGAAGCUGAGUAGUCCUCUGGCGGUGUGUGUGUCGGAUGUGGAUGUGGUGGCUGCGUACGGCGAGACGGCGCAAUUGCCGGCCGGGUUGCUCAACGCGCUGCUGCCUGGUGCUGUUACAUUACUGCUCCCUAGGCGAGAGCCUGGUUUCUUAUCAGCUUCUCUUAAUCCGGGGAUUGGUAGUAUUGGAAUUCGUAUUCCGGAUAGUGAUUUUAUCAGAGGUGUGGCGAGGUCAUUUGGUGGAGCGGUGGCGCUGACGAGUGCGAAUACAAGCAGCCACGCCAGUACUGUUAGGAUUGAGGAGUUUGAGCAUCUGUGGCCCCAUUGUGCGUUCAUAUUCGAUGCGGGAACACUCCCUGGGGGACGGGCUGGGUCGACCAUUGUUGAUCUUACGCAGGAAGGAGUAUUCAAGGUCAUUCGGCCUGGCAGCGUGUUCCAGAAAACCAAAGAAACUCUCGCGGAAUUUGGGUUGCGGGAUUUGUCAUCGUAAUAUAGGUUACGGAAAUUUUCUGGUAGAUGUACAUGCGCACAUGGGGGAAUGAUAUAUGGUCCGACUUCGUGCAAGAUGCGGCAGCUCCAUCAUUUUUAUUAGUGUAAAUUUCAGGGCUGCUGACGGUCUGGAAAUUGGAGGCAAACAUUACUGCUUACACACACAAAGUCCUGGAAGCCAUGGAUUUGGCAAGCUCGACAGGUUUCUUUAGCCUAGCUUUGUGAUGCUCGAUUUGUGCAAUUUUGACCCGAGUCUGCAGAGAGUACAGAACUCAAAGGAAUACGGGAAUUUCUUCGAUCGUGUAGUCUGAUGAAGAGGUGCAAAUCGUUGUUCUACCUCGCUUGGCCAGGAGGAUAGUUGACAAAGACACUCAUAGUUCAGCACACUGUAGAGGACAAUUAAUUCGUAUCGACCGAAUGGUCGAUCUGUUCGGAACCUCAUGUUGAGCAAAUAUUCAACAAGUUAGAGUAUUGUGCAGUCUGACAGGAUUCUGCUGCGGCCACGACGGUGUCUCCGAAUGUCUGUGACCUUUGUCGAUGUUACAUACAAAGGAUCCACUACCUCUGGCCCAAUCCUUGGUGGGAAGUUCAGGGUCGGCACGGAUGGCGGUUUGCCUGUUAACCAUCCCGCUCCAACCCUUAUUAAACUCGCUUAAUUGACGUUAAUUCACAAUAACUGCUCCAGAGUUCACUGAUAUUUCGAAGUGGACUUUUGUGGCGCUGAGGUCUAAUUGGUGAUUGCACGCACAAGGACUGAGGUUGUGGAGAUGCCAUACCAAUUAUGGAGAUCCGAGGUGUUUGCGAGCAUUGGCUUGGAUCUUUCUGUAGGUAUAUCUCGGCUAGAUACUCAAACACUGCAUCAUCAACCACAGAAGUGAUUUUAAUCUGUAGUAGCAGCUAGUAUAUUUCUCAUUUUAGACAUCAAUGAACUUACAGUUAUCAAGUAAGGUUUAAAAGGAAAGAGUUUUCAACCAUCAGAUACGUAAAGGUUCUGUUUCACACAAAUGCGGUAAAAUCUCAGCCCUAACUCAUUCGCCAA